AUGGCGUUUGUGGAGCCAUGGAGACAACUUGCAAGAUCGACCGCCCUGGUCGCCCCGAAAACGACGACUUGGUCGUCCCGAAAACCCCCAGGCCGAUGGCUGGUGCCAGAAAUCGUGGCAUUGCGCGGAUCCACUUUGUCUAUGGCAGCUGCAGCUGCAGUUCAAGGCCGAAGAAGAGGCCGAGCUGUGUCGGCACCGAGUUUGGAGAGUUCCUUGGCUUUCGGACCCAGUUCCCAAGUUUGGUUUGGGACUUUAGCCCUUUCCGACCCAGUUCGUCAAGGGAUGUGCGGUCGUUGCUUUCGAGGGGAUCAAGCCCCGAAGCAUCCUGUUUUUAGGUCCACCCCGAACACGGGGGAUGCCAUGCCAGCUUGCGAAAUGCUGUCUCCACACCAAAUGCGAAGGGAUACUGAGGUGUUCCCGUUUCCUCCAUGUCACCGUGCGACCGUGGUAAACACCCGUGCGACCGGACCGUUCAGCGUCUGGCGGGAACCAGGUGCGGAACGGCCAGCGGAAUGGCGACUGGAAGCACUGCGGGAGUUGAUGAAGAUCCAUCAAUUGGAUGCAUACUUCGUGACCAGUGAGGAUGCGCAUGCUUCAGAAUAUGUUUGUUCCGCAGACGAACGGAGAAGCUUCUUGACGGGAUUCUCAGGCAGUGCAGGCAGCGCGCUGGUCACUGCUGAGAAAGCGCUCCUUUGGACAGACAGCCGUUAUUUCCUGCAAGCAGAAAAGCAGCUGGCAGGAACCGAAUGGGUGCUGAUGCGUCAGUUUCAGCCUGGCGUACCAGAGUUCUCUGACUGGGCCCUUGAGCACCUCAAGGGUAAAUGUGUUGGAGUAGAUCCUCGUUUCAUUUCAGCAGAGACCUCAGAGGACUGGACAUCAAAGUGGGGUUCAUCUGUUCAGUUGAAGGAAAUAGGCACCAACUUGGUGGAUGCUAUUUGGACAACUCGUCCAGAAGAUCCUUGCAAUGCUGUCCAAGUACAUCCCUUGAACCUAGCGGGUGAGACAAUCGAGAGCAAGCUGAAACGGCUACGAGAAGCAAUCAGUGCCGAAGGAGCUAGUGUCAUUUUACUUAGCGCAUUGGAUCAAAUAGCAUGGCUCUUCAAUCUGAGAGGCUCAGACAUUGAAUACAAUCCAGUGUUUUUUGCCUAUGCCGCAGUGUUUCAAGACACCGCCAUACUAUUUCUUCGGUGCUUGGAUGCAACUGAUGGCCUUCCGGAUGAAGUGCUUCACCACCUAAAAGGGGCUAAUGUAGAGGUAAAGCCUUACAAGCAAUUCUUUACAGAGAUUGCGACCCUACUGAAGCCAGAGGAGAAGGUUUUUCUGGAUCCAUCCUCCUCCUCCUUGGCCUUGAUGAGUUUGGUUAGACAUGACCUCAGAGUCACAGGGAUUUCCCCAGUUGAAAAAUUUAAGGCCUGCAAGAAUUCAGUGGAAAUUGAGGCUUUGAAGCAAGCAUGUAAAAGAGACUCGCUGGCACUUUGCGAGCUUUUUGCCAGUUUGGAGGCAAAGUUGUCCCUUUCGGAAAGUGAGCAAGUGCCAAUCACAGAGGUGGAUGUUGGCGACAUGAUGAAAGAGCUCCGACAGAGGGAGCCCUUCUAUGUGGGUGAUAGUUUUCAGACGAUCUCAUCCGUUGGUUCCAACUCUGCAGUGGUGCACUACCAACCAGAAAGAGACACUUGCAAGUCUCUUUCAAAGAUGGUGAUGUAUUUGAUCGAUACGGGUGGACACUACAAGGACGGAACGACAGAUGUCACACGUACCAUGCAUUUUGGAUGUCCCACACAGGAGCAGAAACGCAUCUACACCAGAGUCCUGCAAGGUCACAUUGCAUUGGCAAGUGCUGUGUUUCCAGAGGGCACCCCGGGGCUCUUGUUAGAUGCCUUUGCUAGGGGGCCCCUGUGGAAGGAUGGGUUGGAGUACGGCCAUGGUACAGGGCAUGGCAUUGGAGCCUAUCUAAAUGUGCAUGAAGGACCUGCGCAAAUUGGUGGCGGCUGUGUUCCUGGAGACAGGAUCCAAGAAAAUCCGCGCCGAAGGCGGUUGUUCUUAAUGCCCAUCCAAGCUGGAUUCUUCCUCUCAGAUGAGCCUGGUUGCUACAAAGACGGAGAGUUUGGUGUCCGGAUUGAAUCUGAUAUCUUGACAUGCAAGGCAGAAACUCCGUACAAGAUGUCCACACGUCGCUUCUUGAAGUUUGAGUACUUGACAUUGGUUCCGAUGUGUCGGAAGCUGGUGGAUGUGUCCUUAUUGUCUGUGUCGGAGCAGCAGUGGAUUGACAGCUAUCACGCUCGUGUUUGGGAAGAGCUGAGAAGCUCUUUGCACAGUGAGGCGCAGAAUUGGCUUUGGGAAGCACUGCCUGGCGCGCAGCCGCGGCUUCGACGGCGGUUUGGUCAGAAAUCCCCCGAGGCUGCGAAGGCGCUGGGGCAACCAUCGCCCCUGUCUUUAGCAGCUGCAGCAACCGCCACAGCAACGUCCGUGCGGCGAAGGUCGGGUCGAUCUCAGCCCAGUCGACCCAGACCGAGCCCAGGCCAAGAAGAGGUCUUCCUUUGGGGAGGCGUCCCAGUGACAGGAGAGGCUGUGAAGUGGCUGAGAUCGCAGCAGGCCAUGUCUGGAACGUUUGAGCCUUCGCCAAUACAAGACAUUGCCAUGGAGAGAAUAUACAGCGGAGAGUCGUGCUGCAUUCAAGCUCCAACAGGAACUGGCAAAACUUUAUGUUUUUUGCUGCCAAUGCUGCAGCGAUUGAGGGAGGAGGCGAGUGCGUCGCCGGCCAGAGGGCUGCGCUUCCUGAUUUUGGUGCCAACAGCCGCACUCCAAACACAGACGGCCGCUUUGGCCCGUGCUUUGCUGGGGCGCGGGCUUGCGGAAAACGUUUAUGUGAUGCGGAGAAAUGCGAGCAACACCUCCAUUCCCAGCAACAUUGUCGUGGCCACACCACGACAGAUCAAGGAAUUGCUGGAGACACCACUGACUCAGGCUGCCUGGAGGCGUUCCAUGGGCGCUUUGGAGAUGGUGGUCGUGGACGAAGCUGAUCGUUUGGUGAACAAAUGGAAUAUGCACCAAAGAAGACAGAGAUACAAAGCCCAGAAGGAGGAUCCAGCUGUGACAGUCCUGAAGGUGAUCGAGUACGAAACCACAAAAGCUGGACGUCGCGACGAUUGGCAGCUCGUGGCUGCCAGUGCCACCAUGGGCCGCCGGAGUCACCGCAACUUGAAGUUUAGUGCUGGCAUAGACUUGACCCUGAUCCGUGUGCCUGGUAGCAUCCACUGGCAGGCACCAGAGAAGCCCAAUCUGGGACAGUAUCGGGAUGGCACCACCAAUUGGCCUGAAGGGCUGCGCCAUCGGGUACGAGUGCCCAAGCCCUUCCGGUUCCCCAAGGUCAUGGCAGUGACUGCGCAGACGAUUUUUGAGCUGGCUGCAAAGCGAGUUCUUGUUGUCCUGGCAACAACUCCAGAAGGGGGGCGAACCCCAAAAAGCAUGUACGGGCUGAACCUGGUCUUGGGUGAGCUCAACUUCCGCUUGGAGGAGUUUGGCAGGUUUGAGGUCGUCACAUGCAACGAAGCCAUUGACGAUGCAGCCAAGCUUUGGUCGGCUGAAGGAGCGGAACAGAGGAGGCAACAAGUGGAGGAAGACCGCUGCCAGGUGAUCAUUGCCAGUUGUGAGGCGAUUCGGGGGAUCCAUUUGGACAACAUCGAUGCGGUGGUCUUGGUGGGCGAUCCGAUGAGUGUUGGGGACUACCAGCAUUGUGCAGGUAGAACCUGUCGAUACCAGCCAGGCUCAUCCGAGCCAGUGGAGGGCAUGGCGGUGUCGAUUGUGCCGGAUCAAGCUGCCACCAGGAUGUUGCAUUGGGGCCAGCUGACUGGCUUCAAACUGGUGGAAGUUCCCUUGGGCACCAACGUGAAGACGGGAGAAGCGAACGCUCCGAGAUCACGCACUGAGGAGGAUGUGUCCAAAUUCGAGGAUUUGUUUGCCGAGGCAGAGGAGGACCAGGACUGGUGGAAUGAGCCCGAUGAGAGCGAAGAGGAUGAGGAUGAGGAUGCUUUGUGGGCGGAGGACUUACAGAGACAGAGAGAUCCUCGCGAGGCGAGCUGGGAAGAAACCGAGGCUUGGAGCUAG